AAUACAAUUUCGUUUACAUGAAACAUAUCCGAAUAAUAUUCGAGUAAUAAAUCAACCACCAUUUGAAAUCGAAGAAACUGGUUGGGGAGAAUUUGAAACACAGAUAAUAAUUUUUUUCUCUGAUCCAAAUGAAAAACCGGUAAUUAUUUAUUAUCAUUUAAAAUUAUUUUCAAAUGAUCCAGAAGUUGUAUCUGGUAAAAAACCAUUAGUCAAUGAAUAUUAUGAUGAAUUGGUAAAUAUUUGA